GGGAGGAGUUUCUAAAGCCGGCGGGAACGGAAGUGUUCCGGCUUUGCGGUGUCUGGGGAACCCGGGUGAGUGGGGGCGGGCCAGCCAAACGGGCCCCCACGAGUGUUUCCUGAGCCCACAGCAGGAUGCAACGCCGCGUGUCCGCUGGCCCCGAGAUGCUGAGUGUGCGUCGUCUACCCACAGCCCUGCCAUGUCCGGCUGCGAGCUGCCGAGGGGCCUGUGCCCAGACAUGUGCCCAGCCGCCGAGCGCGCCCGACGCGAGCGCGAGCGACGCCUGCACCGACUGGAGGUGGAGCCGGGCGGCCGUGGGAGCGCGCCCCGAGCCGACCCGCGGCGAGCCGUGAAGGAGUACAGCCGGCCGGCGGCAGGCAAGCCCCGGCCCCCGCCCAGCCUGCUGCGGCCGCCCCCAGUACUCCUAGCCACCGUGCGCUACCUAGCGGGUGAGGUGGCCGGCCGUGCCGACGCGUCGUGCGCAGAGGUUGCGGGCUUCGUGGUGGACCGCCUGCGCGCUGUGAGGCUUGAUCUGUCGCUGCAGGGCGUGGGUGACGCGGAAGCAGCGGCGGUGCUGGAAGCCGCUCUGGCAACGCUGCUGGCAGUGGUGGCGCGGCUGCGACCCGAAGAGGCGCGCGGAGCCGCGGACCCCGUGCUGCUGCAGACGCAGGUGCAGGAGGGCUUCGGUUCGCUGCGGCGCUGCUACGCACGGGGCAACGCCCCGCACCCUCGCCAGGCCGCUUUCCAGGGCCUCUUUCUGCUUUACAAUUUGGGCUCUGUGGAAGCCCUGCAGGAGGUUCUACAGCUGCCUGCCACCCUUCGUGCCUGCCCGCCCCUUCAAACUGCUCUGGCUGUAGAUGCUGCCUUCCGUGAAGGCAACCACGCCCGGCUGUUUCGUCUGCUUCGCACCCUGCCCUACCUACCAAGCUGUGCAGUGCAGGGACACAUUGGCUACGCCCGCCGCAAAGCCCUGGCCCGUCUGGCCCGUGCCCUGAGCACUCCUAAAGGACAGACCUUGCCUUUGGACUUCAUAGUACACCUUCUGGCCCUGGAUGGACCCCGUGAAGCACAAGACCUGUGUCAGGCCCAUGGACUGACCUUAGAUAAAGAUAGAAUUGUAUUUCUGAGGGGUCACUACUCUGAGGAAGGACUCCCACCCCCUGGUACCUGCCACAUACUAGUGGGAAGCAAGCUGCAGGGACAUACCCUUGAGGAAGUGGUCAUGGCAGGGGAAGACAAGGACUUACACAGACCUAGAUCUCCAGCUUGAGAGGCUUGUCCAAGGACUGGACUGGAACACCUGGCACUCUUUUUUCAUGAUUCCCACAUAAUAAAAGGAACUCAUUUUAUAAGAA